AACUCUCGGAAUUUUUACACUCAUUAUUGUUUCAAGUUACUUGCACUUCCCCCUCCCACUCGGUCACCGUAAUCUCAACCUCUAUCCAAAUCCAACCUGAUCAAAAUUUCCCCUUCUCGACCACCCAUCCAUCAAGCAUUCAUUCACAACCUCCCCCCCGCAUACCACCAUACCAUCCAAUGCCAAUACAGAGUACAAUAGCAAAAAGCUCCCGAUUGAGCUUUCAAUCACAUCAUAUUACAUUACACUUCUAAAAUGGCUUCUUCAUUACGCGCUGCUAGUUCCAAUGUCGCAAAUCGUACGGUUCAUGUUAAAAUCUUUCCUUCUGCGAGGACGUUCGCGGAGAGAAGAGAGGUUUUGAGGGUUUUGGAGAGGUUUGGUGAGGUUAAUAUGUUUAAGAGUUUGAAGGUAUGUUUUGGAUUUUGGGAUUUUGGGGGUUUUGUUGGUAGGAGGAGAGGAGGAGAGGAGGAGAGGAGGAGGAGGAGAGGAGGAGAGGAGGAGAGGAGGAGAGGAGGAGAGGAGGAGAGGAGGAGAGGAGGGAGGGAAUGGGGGAAAGAGGGAGGAGAGAUUUAGAGAUGGGAUAUACUAACAAAUAAAAAGCACCACCCUAUAUCCCCCAUCCAAAACGCAUUCAUCUCAAUCUUCAACUCCGAAACCGCAGCCCAAGAACUCAUAAACGCAAGUCCAGUCCGCUAUCGUCUAAUCGUCGAACCUAAUCCCACUCUUCCCAACAAUGUAAAUCCAUCAGCAACAUCAACAUCAACGCAAUCCUCAAAACCAAUCGAAAAAAUCUUCUCGCUUUCUCUCAAUAUCUCCCGCUAUACACAUGAUCAGUAUAUUUCUCAUCCUCUUACGAAUCCCCUCUUUGGCCCUUUUAAACCAAUUGAUCCGAAGAGAUCGGGGAUAGCGGCGCAUUUGGGGAAGAAUAUCGAGGGCAGGAUUUGGAGUAAGGGGUUGGUGGAUUGGGAGAGUGAUAGUGGGAGGAGGAGUGGGUGGAAUGAGGAGGAGAAGGAGGGGAGGUGGGAGAGGAGGGAGUAGGUGGGGGAAAGGAGUGAUAGGGCUAGUUCGAGUGUGCCGUUACGGUUGGUCGAGAGGGAUUUGGAGGUUAGGAGGGUGAGGAGACCGAGGGUUAUGGAGGGGUUGGUAGGUUUGGUGGAGCAGGGAAGAGGGAGGGGAGGUGACUGUGUGAUUUUUUGAUGAUGGGGAUGGAGGUGAGGAAAGAAUUGGUUUCUUGGGACCUCGAAAAUACCCAUGCGGUUACGUUUCUGCAGAUACAAACCAUAUCUUGCAUCUUGCAUCUGCAUUAGGAAGAAAGCCCUUCCUACCAAAGACACAUAUAUAUAUACUAAAAAGGGGAAUCAUCUGGAUAACAAAUCAAGUGCUGAGUUUUAUCCAAGCUAUAGAUAGAUUCAUUCGAUUCAUUCAAUUCAUUACUCGAUUAUUAACAUAUAAAUAAAUCAUCGAAGGGAGAUAUCAUCGACUUAGAAGUGAUGUUUUAAGUGUCUUUUUGUAAGAGGAU